UAUCCCAGAAGCGGCGGCGGCGGCUGCGGAGCUGGUGUGAGGCGACUGACCGGGCUGCGGACCCCGGCAGGGUGUGGCGAGAUGGAGGUGACGGGCUUGUCGGCGCCCACAGUGACCGUUUUCAUCAGCAGCUCUCUCAACAGCUUCCGCUCUGAAAAGCGGUACAGUCGCAGCCUCACCAUCGCUGAGUUCAAGUGUAAACUAGAGCUGGUGGUGGGCAGUCCUGCUUCUUGCAUGGAACUGGAGCUGUAUGGACCUGACGACAAGUUCUACAGCAAGCUGGAUCAGGAGGAUGCACUGCUGGGCUCGUACCCCGUAGACGACGGCUGCCGCAUCCACGUCAUUGACCACAGUGGUGCCCACCUUGGGGAGUAUGAGGAUGUGUCCAAGGUGGAGAAAUACCAGAUCUCACAAGAAGCCUAUGACCAGAGGCAAGACUCAGUCCGCUCCUUCCUGAAGCGCAGCAAGCUAGGCCGUUACAACGAAGAGGAGCGGGCACAGCAGGAGGCCGAGACCAGCCAGCGCCUGAACGAGGAGAAGAGCCAGGCCAGCGCCAUCCCCGUGGGCAGCCGCUGUGAAGUGCGGGCGCCGGGGCAGCUCCCUCGCCGGGGCACCGUCAUGUAUGUAGGACUCACAGAUUUCAAGCCUGGCUACUGGGUUGGCGUCCGCUAUGAUGAGCCACUAGGGAAAAACGAUGGCAGCGUGAAUGGGAAACGCUACUUCGAAUGCCAGGCCAAGUACGGCGCCUUCGUCAAGCCCUCAGUUGUGACAGUGGGGGACUUUCCCGAGGAAGACUAUGGGUUGGAUGAGAUGUGACACCCAAGGAAAGGCAUCCCCCUGCUCCAACUAAUUCGCCUACUCAUUGCCCCUCCCUGUGUGUGCCCAUGGCCCUCUUCCCUGAGCCCAUUUUUAUUUUAUUUACCUUGCCAUUGACUUUUGAGACUCAUGCAAUAAAUUUGCUGGAAACCUG